AUGCGAUGGGUUGGUAUUAUUACUCGUAAUUACCCUGGAAUCGUACCCGCCAAUUUAAUCUAUUUUGGGAGAUCUCGCACAAGCGAACCAGUCGAUAAACGUCUGCUUUUGGAGAUUGUCGACCGUCUCAAACGUCUUGAAGAACAAGUUGGUCUGGAGGAUGUUCCAGAAACUGAAGAUAAUGGAGUCGACUCCAUGUCGAUUUCCUCCGUCGGUGCCGAGGCCGCUCAGGUAACAUCCCUAGACGAAGAUCCGGCUCAACUAGUUCCCUCCGUGAUUCGAGAUAUUGUCAAUCGGAUCAACGAUGAAGGCAGUCGAUCUAUGCUUCUCUCCAACGUCUUUUGUCACCUGCGACACGUGGACUCAUGCUAUUUCGAAAGCAAUCCAUGUAUUAAAGCAGUCACCUCUGCUGUCUCGGAGAUUAAACCUAUACAGACCCUCGAAGGGUGUAAUACAGAUCUAGCGUGGAAGGCCUUCAGUCACACAUGCAGGAUAUCAAAGACCCUGGGCUAUUUUACCGUCGAUGAAACACCCAAUGAAGGGGACAACCAAGUCUCCACACCAGCUGGCACUCCACUACACGAAGCUGAAAUAGAGCGGAACCGAAAACGCUUCGGCUUCUGGCACAUCCUUCGAACAGACUGUCUUUUCCGAAAGUCAUUCGGCAAACCGACUCUCAUCCCCGCAGGAUCGUGGAAGGUACAUUUUCCCGAUCCCACGAUCAAUGGCGUGGACGAUGAGUCGUCGCGCUUUAUACAGAUUCAUUUUCUGAUAUCUAUGCGGCUCGGCCUUAUUCUUAGGAAGUAUCUUGAUUGGAUUACUGGUGGUCCGGAUCCGGAUCCGGUUUCGCAUGAUGCUAUCAUUGAGAAUUAUAUCGAUGAGGUGCAGUCUAUAUUGUCGGAUUGGGAUACAGCGAGCCUUCUUCGAACCGCGACAAAUCAUAUCGAUAUCUGGCUCUGCAUCGACGUGCUGAUCGGUAGCUAUGAGAUGCUUAUUGUGCUGUAUCUGUCGAAGAAAUGUGACUCGGGUCAUGCCUUACCAUGCCAAGCCGUUGACCUGGCUAGGAAGUCGCUGAAGACCUUCCAAUCCCUCCUGGGGUCCACAUCGCAUGCGUUCUGGGGAAUCAGUCCUAUCUCCAUGUACCAGUUACUCCCUUUUUUCAUCCUUUGUUUAGACUUCAUAGGGAAUCCAGAUCAUGAAAACCUCGAUGAAGAUCUCGAGUCUGUGGGCUGGAUAUGCGACUAUGUUGAAAUGGUCGCUGAGGGACGGUUCGAGCUGAAGCCGGUCAUUCUUAUCAUAAAGGCCAUGGUGACUGCUUGUCAACAGGCAAAAAUGGACCGUCUUGCACGUUUAGUUACUCCUGGUGAAUAAGCAGACCAUCGAUGUCUGCAUACCUUUCAGAACCUCUAUUUGAGUUUGAAAUAGGACAUUCACAGUCAUUGAGAGAUACAAUCCAUGCCCAUUGUAAGAAAGCACAUUGCUUCGACAAAGUUAGCCUGCACUACUGGAAGCCGGUUGAC